AUGGUUGGUGCGCUGCUGCAGUUUUGGAGGUGCCGUGAUGUGAUCUAGAUCAGGUCUCCCUGGGGCCAAGUGUUUGCCACUUGCCAGAGCUUGCGAUGGACGUCUCGCCUGGACAUCCAUGCUGAUCGGUUUGCUAGAGAAAUGGCACGAGCACGAGGACCCCAUGGGGCUCUCUAGCCACAAACAUAUUUCAGACAUGGAUGGUGGCAUGGCGCUUGGAAAUCUAAUCAAAGUCAUUCAUCACAUUUUCUACAGCUACUUCCACCAACAUUGCACACAGAGCACUUGUAGCAUUGUCCCCUGCCCAACGCUCCCGCUGAUAGUUACACACAACCUACACGCAUAUGCACUGCCCCGAGCCCUCCCUUCGUUGUUCAUUCUACUAUAAAUCCAUGGCCUACUGAACACAGACUUCAUCUCAUCUGCAAGCAACAUCACAGUCUACAACACACCUUCAGACUUUCAGAGCCAAAGUGAAAUUUAGCCAGCCAGGAACACAUCAGACUAAAACCAUGAUCCAUCCAAAGAAGCUUGCUCAGCUGGCCAAGAAGUGCCAGCGGAUGUUGGCGGCCAGAACCAGUGCCCGCCGUCGGCAUGCCUCAGACACAGCCGCUGACGAGUGCUGCAGCACAGUAUCAUCUGUGGUUGCUGAUGAGGGCCAUUGUGUGGUGUACACUGCCGACGGAACCCGGUUCGAGGUCCCUCUGGCGUACCUCAGGACGACGGUCUUCUCUGAGCUCCUGAGGAUGUCCGAGGAGGAGUUUGGCUUCGCGAAUGGCAGUGACGGAGGCAGGAUCAUGCUGCCCUGCGAUGCCGCUGUGAUGGAGUAUGUCUUGUGCCUGGUCAGGAGAGAGGCCUCUGAGGAGGUGGAGAAGGCUUUCUUGGGCUCUAUUGCUGGGCACUGCCACAGCUACAAUGCUAGCUGCAUGGCUCCAUCAAUGGGAAUCAGCCAUCAAUUUGCCCUUUGUACUUAGCUACUAGCUUAGCUUCUGAAAUAGUGUGUUGGUUAGGACUGAGAAAUGCUUUAUAUAGUUCUAUGUAAGAUCGAUUAUCACCGGAAAUGAUACAAAAGUUUCUCGACUUUCUGGGAGAAAUUUGAUUAUUUGACACAUCCUUUAACAUUCUGCUCAAAGUUCGUGAGGGUGAAUUGUGGGUGCAGCUGCUAAAAGCAGGGGAUGUGAAUGAUGGAACUCGGCAACAAUGCCGGC